AUGACGUCGAUACUCCCUCCUCCUCUACCUUCGUUUCAACGCCCAACGACAUUCAACCCGCACUCAGCAUCAGCAUCAGCAUCGCCAAACCCACUUCAUAACCCACAAUUAUCACAUGUCUUAGUACCUGAAAGUCCUUUGAUAGAUCUCACAAUGGCAAGUCCAGAUCAUAGAGGUUUACAAGUGGAGACCGCUAGUAUAUCUUCUGGUAGAGCUGGUAGUAGUUCUGCUUUACUUCGCUCUAGCUCGCACAGACGUUCUCCUGAACCACGCUUCCUAUCCGACCCGUCGCCUUCUAACAUCCUGCAACUAUUAGAGGCUCAAGAACUUGGGACUAGUAGUGGAGAUGUAGAGGAAGAUAGCGAACGAGGCAGACAACUGAGGAUGGGAUUGAUACUCCGUCGAGCUCUCAAAUGGGGGGUGGAACGAUGCGAUGCGGAAUUAAUCGGCUGGCUCGUAGAGCUAGAAGGAAAAUGGGCCGACAUACUAGACGGUCAAGCUCAUUCGUUGGAAGACGAAGAAGGUUGGGGUCCAGUCGGAAUCGCGGUUCAGGCUUCAUGCGGAAGACAAGACAAGGAAGAAUGUGUGAGAGUCAUAGUAGGCAGAUGGGGUUUAGAGGUUGGUCAGCGUGGUGGAAGAGAUAGGACUGGUUGGACACCUUUACACCUCGCUGCAUUAAUAUCCACCCCACCCUUGAUCUCCUUCCUUCUUUCUCGUGGUUCUUCUCCGCGUGCCUUGACGAACCGAGGCCUCACUCCAUUGGAUCUAGUAGUGGGUCUACCAGGUCGAGAAGAUGUUGCUUUGUUCUUGGAACACGCAACAUGUUAUAGUGAAUCAUCAUCGACACCUAAAACAGCCACUGCCAUAAUACCUCAUUUCCCACCUGCUAGACAAGCAAUGUUAGAACGUCGACGUCGUCGUGCAACACUUAAGAUGGAAGCUAUAGAAAGAGAAGAAAGAAGGAAUAGAUUAGAAUUGGAAAGAGAAACUUGGUUAAGGGAAAGAGCUAGAAUGGUUGAUGUAGAUCCGGAAUUAUUGAUAAAACCAAUUCCGACGAAAAGAGAAAGUAAAGCUGCCUCAGAUGAUAGUGGUCUAGGUUGGAUGGGAUAUGAAUUAGAUUUAGAAGCCGAAAGACAAGAUGAUUAUGAGGACUCAAGUGAAAUAGGUGAUGAUGAUUUUGACAUCUCUAAAUUGGACCUAAACUCAAACAUGCUCGUCUUCUCGCUUUCACAACUACCAGUCAUCUUCGAUAUUGUCAUUACAGACUAUACACCGGUUUGUCAACCAGUUCAAAAACGCGCGUUACCCGCAAAUGCAUUAUACUUAUACGCAAGAUUUGCUCAAUACAAAUGCGACGAGACUUGGUUAGAAGAGUUGAUCGAGGGUAUCGUGGAAAGGAUAGAACAAGGGGUUUAUAGCAAUGUGGAAAAUCUAGCUUAUCUAGCUUUUUGGGCUUACAACUCUUCUGUCCUCCUACAUCUUCUUCGAUCAGAUCCUGGGCUCAAUGCGGCUUGCGAGGAGUUGAAUUUACUCGGCAUGAUCGAGGAGCUGAUUAACGCUAUACAUGUCUUCGUUAUUCGAAUUGCGGAAAGACGCAUUGACGUAUACCUUGAUGCCGCCAUACUGGAUUAUGAAACUCUGGAGGAUUUUAACGAUAUCCGAUUCGAAGGUGAAUGGUCUAUCUUCCGAUCGUUUGCACCCAAAAAGAAGCGGGAGACACCUCGAGCAGCAUCGAUCUUUGCUCCGAGUCCAGGUCCUGGUCAAGCACGAAAUGUCCAAGAUUCACCCGCGGCGUCUUCUGUCUAUGGAACACCUCAACGUACACCCGCAAGGCAUCAAUCAAUGAGUGAUCUCCGCUUGGGAGCAGGUACCCCAAGAUCAAUAUCACAUGAUUCGAAUAUCAGCGGUACAUCUGGACAUUCCCAUACGAAUACACCUGCCGCAAUGGAGAUCGAAAUGAACCCUUCUCGAAUCACAGAGAUUUUCUCCGGCGUUUUGUUGAUUCUUCAGUUAUACGAAGUCAAUCCUGCCAUUGUCGUUCAAGCUUUCUCACAGAUAUUCUUCUGGAUAUCAUGUGAAUUAUUUAAUCGAAUCCUAGCACAGAAGAGAUACCUAUGUCGAACAAAAGCACUUCAAAUCAAAAUGAAUAUCACGUUGUUAGAUGAUUGGGUUCGAGCCAACGGUCUUCCAUCACAAACAGCUACUAAACAUUUGGAACCGGUCACUCAGCUAUUACAAUGGUUACAAUGUCUUUCUCAAAUCAAAGAUUUUGACACUUUGAUCGGAACAAUGCAGAAUAUGAGAGCUAUCAAUCCGUUACAAAUGAGAAGAGCUAUAAGAGACUAUAAAUAUGAAGUGAAUGAAGGGAGAAUGGAUGAAGAAUGUUCACAAUACCUAGCUCAACUACAAAAAGAUUGGGAAAAAAGAAGAGUUCAUUUCAGUUUAGAAGAGUCUUCAAAAAGAAGAAAAUCAAUAAACUCGUUGUCCGAUCAAGGUUCUUUCAUUGAUCAAAAUACAACUGCGAUAUCUGAUAUAUCAUCAAAACAAAUGCAGACUAGAAUAGAUGAUUCGACACCUAUCGAUUGUUUAUUUGAUAGUACUAUUGCAUUAGGUGAUUUCGUACCUCAAUCCGCACCUGAAUGUUUAGGUGAACUAUUAGACAGUAGAUACAUGUUACCUUUCUUAUUACCAAACGAUAACGUAUAUUUAAUAGCUUCACCACCUAAAGAUGUUGUCUAUAGAAAUCUUUUAUUAACACCUGCAAGUCCUUUUAUAUCAGAUAAUAUAAAUGAUAAUAGCAAUAACAACAACAACAACUCAAGGCCCCCCUCGAGAUCAAGUUUCUCUUCUUCAAGACCGAUGGGUUGGACAUUACCUAAACAAAGUAAAUUAAGAGAACUACCAAUCGAUUUCUUCGAUUGGUUCAAAAUCAAGGAAACAAAUUAUAAACUCAAUAGAGAUGCGUUGGAUUUCAAACAGAAACGAAUGUUACAAAACUCCACAUUGGACGAAGAGGAUCCGUUGGGAACAUCCCAAAAACAAGGAUCGGGAUCAGGAUCAGGAUCAGGUUUGGUCCCAACAAGAAAAUCAAAUAGAGAUAAAUCACCUACUCCAACACCGACCAAACCGAUUUUACACGGAUUAUUACCUCCAUUGACAACAGAAGACGAUGUAAUGAAAACUCCAAUCAACGGCUUACCUCCAAAAUCGUAUCAGAAUUACAACAGAGAUCCGAAUGGACUGACAGAUGAAGGUUUACCGAGUUCGAAAUUGAGAAGUUCAAAAUCGAUACAGGAAUUGAGAGAAUCAUCAAAGCUGAUCUCAUCACCUACUUUUGAAUCGGUUGACAAUACCAACAAUAACCACAACGGAAACCAAUCAUCGUAUCAUAGUAGAUCUGAGUCUUAUGAAUUGAAAGCAAGGAUACAAAGGAAUUCGACAGGAUCAAAUUCACAAUACAUCACACCUUUUGAAUCGAUAAAGUCACCUACAUUAAGCCAAGGUUCAAAUGGAAGUACCGGUAGUGGAAGUAGAGAUGGAAACGAAACUGGGGGUAAGAAGAAAUGGUGGAAAUUAGGUAAAAAAUUAAGUACAUUAAAUCUAAAAGAAGAAUUUCAGUCAAGGCGGAAUAUCAGAGAAGGAAGUGAAGAUACGAUAGGACCAGGUCACGGUCAUGGUCAUGAUCAUGGAACAGGUUGGUAUUCUGAAGAAAUGAAGACACCUGUUAAGAGUCCUGGUAUAACUACACCUGGAAGUGGAAGUGAAAAGAGGAAUUUCUGGAGUUGA